AUGUAUCAUUUCUUGUUGUUAUUCACUAUGAAGAUUAUUUCUGUAUGUUUCGUUCUUUGUUGGGCAUUGUUUACAAAUGCCAACAACUUUUCGGCGAUUCGAAUUUAUUCAAAUCUCGCUGAAGUGGUUCGUACUGUCGAUAAAUUACCUUUGGAAUUCACCAAUGAAGAAUGGAGAGAUAUUCGAAGCGAUUCUCUCUGGAUUUUUGGUGAAAAUGUCACCGUGACAUCACAAACGAUAAGUGAAAAGCGCAAAUUAAUGGACGGUGCAAAGAUUUACAUUCGUUCUCCAUUAUCAUCGGAAAAGAACGGCAUUCAAUUGAUCAAAGCCGUUCUUGUUGAUGAAAAGCGAGAUCUGGUGAAAGUUGAAGAUCCAUCAAUCGCUGCAAGUGAACCAUUGUAUUUCACUGUGCGCAAAGAAGAUAUUUAUCGUAUCGAUGAACCAUUAGAACCAAAAUUUACUGUCAACUUUACAUAUACAAAUCCCGAAAAGACACAACUCUUUCUUAGUUAUUUACAGUCGAAUAUCGUUUGGAGAACACAAUAUCGCUUAGCUUUGUAUGAUGAUUUUUCCGAUUUAUCUGCUAUGGCAAGUAUUUCAAACAAUGGCGAAUCACCAAUCUCAGUCGAUCAAGGUGAAUUGAUUAGUGGAGAUAUUAAUUUAGAAAUUUCAAAUCUUCGAUUUAAUCCAUCGCUACGCAAAACUCGAUUGAGCGAAGUUAAAUUUUUCGCCUUCAGCGCCCAGGCAGAUUUUGCUGCAGCUGACGAUGCUCCACCCAGUGUUGGUCCCAGUCAAGAACUAGCUGGUUUAUAUGUUUUUCCCAUCAAUAAACCAUUCAGCGUGGAUGUCAAAAGCACUUACAUCUUAUCAAUGUUUCAUCCGAAAACGACCGUCGACCGAUAUGGAUUCAUCUCGAAAUCAUUUUCCACACAACUGACACAAGGCAAAGCACAACGUGCCUACCGUCUCCGAUCCGAUCGAUUCCUUUCUGAAGGAAGCUGUAUGAUUCGUGAACAUGAUCGAAUUGUUGGUCAAACGACGAUUCCAAAUUUAGCAGCUAAGGACAAGUUUGAAUUCGCUAUCGGAGAAGAUGUGGAUAUCGUCUACAAAGAAAAUGUGAAAUUGAUCUCAUCGAAACAGUUCAACGAAACGAAUUCGAUUGUUAUCAAUCCAAAUGUUCAACAAGAUUCGCUUCGAACAUCAGUCGAGAUCACAUUACGAACAGGAUUUGUGUAUGAAAUUCACCUUGAAAUCGAAAAUUUCAAAAACCGACCAGUCAAAGUCGAAUACGAACAAAACGGAUUUUCUGCUUAUCAACGUGUUAAAAUGCUCCAAACAAACAAACAUCACUUUAUCCAAGAAAGUUCCACAAUCAAAUGCAAUAUGACAAUUCCCAGUCAAAAGAAGCAAUCUUUUAUAUAUUCACUCGAACUUCUCAAAUGA